CACACGUGCUUGGGCUGCCCGGCAGAAGGACUCUGAGCCAGAGUUCAAAACUUGGUUUUUAUCCCUUUUGCGCCUGAGAAUUGAGAACUAGUGGUGUCCUCCAACUAACUAGGAUCACCUAACACGGAUUAGUUACUGCUUCGGAGGUUACGGGUAGCGCAGCUGUGGUGAUGAAGAAGGAGUGGAAGCUGGGUGACCUCCCUCCCAGCCGCUUUCCUACCGGGCGGUCGCCGCACUUCCACGCCGACUAGAAUCCGCCUGAGCUUCUGUAUGGCCACCUACUCCAGAGGAGCACUCUGGGAGGAAGGCAGCAGUUUCCGUGGAGUCAUUACAGUGGGCCGCGAGGGUCCAGGCCCGGCCCCGGCUCCAAGGAUACCUUUGCCAGGGGACCUCGAUCACGGCAAACGCCCACCAGUCGCCUCCAAGUUCCGCCUGAAUGAAGCUGUCCUUUAACCAGUAGCUUCCCCCCCUCCCCCACCGACACCCAUUCUUCCUUCUCUGUCUUAUUUGCUUCAUGUAGUGGACCCAACCGGGAACCAGAGCAGCUGACACUCUUCUGCCCUUUCUUGUGGCAACAACAGCCCUGCCGGUUCCUGAUGACCACCAACUCCUUGACCACUUGCUGUGAGACCAGUGGCCGGACUCUGACGGACUCGGCGGCGGCGGCAGCUUCGGCGCAGGCGCCAGUCUAUUGCCCGGUGUACGAGAGCCGGCUGCUGGCCAACUCGGCCGCCGCCCUGGGCGUCUACGGGAGCCCCUACCCCGGCAGCCAGGGCUACGGCAACUACGUCGCCUACGGGAGCGAGGCCUCCGCUUUCUACUCCCUGAACAGCUUCGAGUCCAAGGAAGGGAGCGGGUCUGCGCAUGCGGGGCUGGCUCAGGCGGCCGCUUAUUACCCCUACGAGCCCACGCUCAGCCAGUACCAAUAUGACAGGUACGGCGCCCUAGACGGGGGCACCCGGCGGAAGAACGCCACCCGGGAGACCACCAGCACGCUGAAGGCCUGGCUGCAGGAGCACCGCAAGAACCCCUACCCGACCAAGGGCGAGAAGAUCAUGCUGGCCAUCAUCACCAAGAUGACCCUCACGCAGGUCUCCACCUGGUUCGCCAACGCCCGCCGCCGCCUCAAGAAGGAGAACAAGAUGACCUGGCCGCCCCGCAACAAGGGCGCGGACGAGAAAGGGCCCUUCUGCCGCAAGGACGACGACGACGAGGAGGCCGCGGCCGGCGCCGACGCCCUCAAGAGCCGCAAGCUUCCCGAAGCGCCCAGCAAGGAGGACAAAGAUCUGGCCUUGAGCGACCUGGAGGACUAUGACCCGCUGGAGUCGGAGAGCUCGGAGGGCGAGCUGAAAGCGCCCGCCUUCGGCCACGUGGAGACAGACGUCUGCCUCGACGAGGCCUGCAAGGAGUCCGCCCGCGACGGCGCUCUGGAGAGGGCCAAGGCGGCGGGCCCGGAGGGCUGCGGGGCGGCGGAGCUGCUGGGGGGCCGGGCGUCGAGGGCCGGCUGCGAGGCCAAGCAGUGCUUCCACCACCAGCAGCAGCAGCAAGUCCUGGAGGCGGGCAAGCCGCGGAUCUGGUCCCUGGCGCAGACGGCCACCUCCCUGCCGCAGGCCGAGUUCCCGUCGUGCAUGCUGAAGCGCCAGCAGCAGGGGGCGCCGAGCGCCGCCCGCGCCCUGGCCUCGCCCGUGGGCAGCCUGCCCGAGCGACCCACCAAGGAGUCCCCGGUGGCCAACCUCAGGAACUGGGUGGACGGCGUCUUCCACGACCCGCUCUUCCGGCACAGCACUUUGGGCCACUCCGCGGCCUCCUGGGCCGGCCCCAAGGGGGGCGCCGCCUCCGCCUCCUCCCCUCUCUUGGAGACAGGCGCGGCCGCCGCCCUGCUCAAGGCCGGCCAAAUGGACCCCGGCAAAGACCUCCUGGCCUUCCCCAAAGCCGGCAGCAGGAUGUUCUGCUCCUAGCGGCCGGACCCCGCCCG